AUGUACCCAAUUCGGUUUAUAGUCUCUCCAUCAAAGUACACGCACCAAGGAGACGGCAGUGGCGGACUCUCAGUGACCAAACAAAUGCGCAACAUCUUGGAACAGCCUGGCUACCUAUCCAUUAAAAUGGGGGGACAAACUCUCCGACAACUUUACAACGGAAGAUCCACUUCAUUUAACCCCCAAAAGCUUACCUAUUUCGGACUCUGCUGCUACCUGGGAGACUACGACAGAGUAGUCAAGAAUCUGGAGAUGCACCUGACCUCAAGGGUACAGAGACGCCAUACAAAUUUGGGUAUCUCACCAUCGUCGUCUCUGGCGCGCAACGUCUACAAAGACCUGAACCAUAUGGCAAAACUUGAUCUGUGUCGCGUCCUCCUCGAAUCUGGGUCAGAGCCCAAUCAGCGUAACCGCUACGGUGAAGUCCCCUUGCUCGGAUGCUUCCAGACCAAUGGAAUCGGCGCAAUCGACCUCAUGGAAUUUGGCGCUGACAUAGACAUUGCAGACGCAGAUGGAGUCAGACCUCGGGAGUUUCAGCUCAAGUCCGGCCCCGAGGUGACAGCUACUGUACAGCGAUGGUUGAGGAAACGUUCAGGGGACGAAAAACCGAUGGAUACCAAGGCAUGCGAAUUUUGCAAGAAACCAGGAGGAAACGGUGUUCAACUCCGGCUGUGCUCAAAGUGUCAGACUGCGAGAUAUUGUUCGACAACGUGUCAGCGCUCGCACUGGCCUACCCACAAACCCCUUUGUCAGCCAUUCACUGCCCGGAACACUGUCACCCUCAUUCCAUACUACCCCGAAGAUAAAAACGGGUUCCGCCAGCCAAUGGCCAAGUUUUCCCGGGAUCUUUGGUCUAUUCCCACUUCGGAAACGCCCCCGUCUCAUCGUCGCUUUGCACACACGCCCAAGAACCUCUCUGCCGAUUCACCAAAAAGUAUCGUUAUUAAAGUGCAGGUACCCUUUGACGCAUUCUCGAGUAGACCAAACAUAAGGCCUGACGGAGAUCUCCUGGUAUACACGAAGAAGAGAGAUUUUGUAUGCACCAUAAGACGAGGUGAUGCGCCGGAAGAGUAUGACCGUAUAUCGCAAGUAGUUAGGACCAGGGGUGUUGGGGGGGCGAAAGCGUAUUUUGCUGCGGAGCUUAGGGGCAAGACGGCCUUGAUUGUGAAAAUAUCAGAGGUUCUUGCAGAACAGCCCUUUUAA